AGGCAGCCCAGCCCUGGCAGCACGGCCGUCUUCUGUAUAGUGUGUAGACCCCAAUCCAGAAAGGAUCCCACCAACCCCAGUGAAGUGUCCUCUGUGGCUCCACACUGUUUUGGCAUGAUCUGAAGACGGCGAUGGAACCCAAAUUCUCCCGUUUCCAAGACGACCCCGACAUCAAGGUCAUGUUGAAGGGGUCCACUCUGAGAAAGGUCAAGUCUAGUUCAUGGAAGAAGCGGCGAUUUUUCCGCCUCCUGGAGGACGGGCUGACCCUCUGGUACAGGUCCAGAUGGGCCGGCAGACAUUCAAGCUUUCCCGUCACCGAGUUGGAGGCCGUGCGAGAAGGCCACCAGUCAGAAGUUCUGCAAAGCAUUGCUGAGGAGUUUCCUGCGGACCACUGCUUCACCUUGGUGUUCCACGGCCGCCAAGGUAAUCUGGACCUCAUCGCCGACUCCCCAGACGAGGCCCAGGCCUGGAUCCAGGGUGUACGCAAGCUAAUUCACAGGUCUAGCACCAUGAAUGAAAAGGAGAGGCUGGACCAGUGGGUCUGGGACUGGUUUCGGAAAGCUGACAAAAACAAAGAUGGAAAGAUGGAUUUUAAAGAAGUGCGGAAACUGUUGAAGAUGAUGAAUGUAGAAAUGAACGAGGAACACGCCCUGCAUCUCUUCAUGAUGGCUGAUGUGUCCAACUGCGGCUCGCUGGAGAUCGAACAGUUUGUCCAUUACUACAAGCUGCUGACGCAGAGAGACGAAGUGUUGAAGGUGUUCCAGGACUUCUCCACUGAUGGAGAGAGGCUGACGAUGGACGAGCUGGAGAACUUCUUGAGGAUAGAGCAGCUCAAGGAGGAAGGGAGUUCCCAGUAUGCCCGGCAACUAAUUGAUCGCUAUGAGCCGUCAGACUCAGCUAAGAAACAAGGAGCCAUGUCAUUGGACGGCUUCCAGAUGUACCUGUGCUCCCAGGAGAGCUCCAUAUUUGACCCAGGGCGCCAGGUUCUCCACCAGGACAUGGAGCAGCCGCUCAGCCACUACUUCAUCUCCUCCUCCCACAACACCUACCUCCUGGACAACCAGCUGAGUGGACAGAGCAGCCAGGAGGCGUACAUCCAGGCCUUGAAGCGCGGCUGUCGCUGUGUGGAAGUGGACGCCUGGGACGGUAGCGACGGCGAACCCAUCGUCUACCAUGGCCACACGUUGACGUCCAAGAUUCUGUUCAAAGACGUCAUUUCGACCCUGAAGACUUACGCCUUCACGGCUUCAGACUUCCCCGUCAUCCUGUCCCUGGAGAAUCACUGUGGUGUGGAGCAGCAGACCGUUAUGGCCCAGCACCUCAGCCAAAUCCUGGGUGACAUGUUACUGCGCCACCCGCUGGACGAACAGAUGCCUCAGCAUCUCCCUUCUCCACAGAAGCUGAAGGGUAAGAUUAUACUGAAAGCCAAGAAGAUGGGUGGUGCCGACGGAGGCCAAGAUGGACACCUGAUGGACGAAGUCAGUGAUGAAGAAGAGCUUGCUGACGGUGAUGCUGAGAGUGCGGAGGAGCCACCGUCGAAGAAAUGAAAGAAGUCCAACCUUUCCAGGGAGUUGUCAGACCUGGUGGUUUACUGCAGGAGCAAGCAAUUCCAGGGCUUUGAACACGCCCGUGACCACGGCACAUGUCUGGAGAUUUCCUCCUUCUCUGAGUCCAAGGCCAAGAGACACGCUAAGGAUAAAGGGACAGAUUUCAUCCAGUACAACACGAGGCAGCUCAGCAGGAUUUACCCCAGUGGUCUCAGGACCGACUCCUCCAACUACAACCCCCAGGACUUGUGGAAUGUAGGCUGCCAGAUAGUGGCUCUGAACUUCCAGACAGCGGGACUGGAGAUGGACCUGAACGAUGGCCUCUUCAGGCAGAACGGCUCCAGCGGCUUUGUCCUCAAACCGGACUUCCUGCGAGACGGUAACACUCAGUUCAGUCCAGAGAAGCCAGAGGAGCGACCAGGCUACAGACCCCUGCGUUUGUCCAUACAGGUGAUAAGUGGACAGCAGCUGCCAAAGGUGAACCAGAAGGAGGGCUCCAUCGUUGACCCUCUGGUGAGGGUGGAGAUCUAUGGAGUUCCACAGGACCAGGCCCGAGAGGAGACCAGUCACAUCAACAACAAUGGUUUCAACCCCUCGUGGAACGAAACUCUAAACUUCACGGUUCACGCCCCGGAACUGGCGCUGGUUCGUUUCGUGGUGGAGGAUUACGACAAGGCGUCCAAGAAUGACUUCAUCGGACAGUUCACGCUUCCAUUCACGUGCAUCCAAACAGGAUAUCGUCACAUACACCUGCUCUCCAAAGACGGAACAGCCAUCCCCCCCUCCUCCAUCUUUGUCAACGUCAGCAUCUCAGAGCGAACCUGAAGAUGAAGACGAAGAUGAAGAGAACGUCUGCGGUCUGGAGACAAUGAGGAAAACCAUCGUCGACCACGGGAUCUGUCAGCGUUAAAGUCUGCCUGUACUUUCACACUGACAGCAGUGAGUCUGACUCUGUUACCGUACUUUCCUCUGCUGCAUGUGUACAUAAUACUUCUACAAAUAUACUGUACAUCCAGAAAAAAAAAAAAAAAUCAAGAGCGACUAUUUUUCGGAUGUGAAAAUACUUUACAGAAUCAGUAACAAAUAAACUUCAAGUAUUACGUCAGUAAA